AUGUCCACGCCUAAUUGCCUCUUAAUUGUUUCCUUUCCUCAGAUGACCAGUCAGGUGUUGCGCAACCUGGAACUCGGCUAUCGAAUGGAAGCUCCAGAGGACUGUCCUCCUGGUCUUUACAGUCUUAUGAGGCGAACCUGGGCACUCCAUCCGGAGGACCGGCCCUCUUUCGCCAGUCUGCUUUUUGAGCUGGAGCAACAUCUUACCUUGGCUUCAAUGCAAACAAAAUCCGCCGAUUCCACAGUCUCUUGCACCACUACUCGAAACAAGACUCUCGGCGCCUCUCUUCGCCUUGACUUCCCAAUCCUGCCACUUGCUCAAGAGGCGGCUAGCACUCUUGCAGCUGUGGACGCUUGCAAGGAAGUUAGUGCAGACGCCGAACUGAUGCCAGCCAACUCAGUUCUAACGAAGACUGGCUCGGAUGCGCCUACAUCGGCCUGUGCUGACGUCGACACUGACAGCAGCAGCAGAUUGCGCCAACCACGACGAUUAACGACGGGGAGGCUGAUGAUGAUGCCUUUAGGUGCUUCACAGACGUUGCGCAAGCCGCCGGUUUGCGGGCAGCAUAGUCCUUCGGGAAGGACGGUCAGCUCUUCCAGUGGAUCUGAAGAUCCCGGACUGGAGGAGAAAGAUCAGACGGCGAAAGUAAAAGACAGGAAGGCCAUUAGGUCCUCCUAUGAGACGAUCACAGAUUUGGUUAGUCCCUUAGCCAACAAUCCUAGUGACAAGUCAGCUUUUGUUUAUCCGCUUCUUCAUCUGGUUGUUUCGGUAUUCAUCUUUCCCCUGACCAUUUCAGAUGCUCUAGCUUAUCUCGUAUUAUACAUUUUGAAUGUCACUAAAACCAUUUAA